UUAGCAACCUGUCUGCACGCAUGUAGUCUAACCUGCUGCACUCUGUUUGCCUGGGAGUUUUGUUUGUGACCAUGUCUUUUACUAGAAGGUUUUGUAAACUGUUAGUGUUCUGUACGGUCAUUGUUGUGGUUGUGCUGCUACUGCGGUACUGGAUGGCCUCAAAGAAGUACGUUUUUAGUAAUGAAGAGGUCGCUAUGUUGGUCAAACAAUAUGCAGGGCAGGACCAUGAGCAAGCUUUCUCCAAAGUGGUGGUGGAACUUAGAAAGAGGUAUCCGGGUCACAUCCUACCAGAUGAGGACUUGCAGUGGGUGUUUGUGAAUGCUGGAGGCUGGAUGGGCUCCAUGUGUCUCCUCCAUGCCUCCUUCACAGAGUACUUGUUGCUGUUUGGUACUGCAGUGGACACUGGAGGACACUCGGGUCGAUACUGGGCGGAGAUCUCCGACACCAUCAUCUCAGGUACUUUCAGGCAGUGGAAGGAGGGGACCACCAAGAGUGAAGUGUAUUAUCCAGGUGACACUAUUGUUCAUGAAGUGGGCGAAGCCACGUCGGUCCAGUGGAGCGCUGGGACGUGGAUGGUGGAGUACGGCCGAGGUUUCAUCCCUUCCACGCUUGGCUUUGCUCUGGCAGACACCCUUUUCAGCACCCAGGACUUUGUUACCAUGUACUACACCAUCCUUGUUUACCUAAAGGCUCUGAUGCUGGAGGCCGGCACACUACUUACAGAGGCUGGAAUCUUCUAAGCAACGGAAGAUGAUCACAUACUUCCAGAUUGACUUGGGACAUCAAAACGCUUUCUGCAGUUUAAAUCUGAUGAGGAGGAGUUUUUAUGCAGAACGUUCUCGGGAGCAAAACUGUGAGAUGUAAUUAAUGACAAUCCAGUUUACAUACUCUUUAAAAUCCUGUUGAACUUAUAAAUUAACUUCACAAACACAGUUACACUACAUCAGAUCUUGGAAAUCUGUAAAAUGGUUGUCACCCCAUGCUAAAUAAUUCCCUGACAGGUCAGACUGCUCAGGUGUGGCAGGUAUCUGGAUGUCUGGUUUAUUGAUUUUGAGGCCUUACAGUUUUUGAUGCCAAAUUUUAGAUUAUUUGUAAUUCAUUGUCCAAAACAUCCUGAAAUCCACAAAUUCAAAAUAUACUGACACAAUUAAACAGGAAAACAAAAAAUAAUCAUAUUGCUGCUAAGAUACCAGUAGCAAUCUUGUCAUCUACAGUACAAUAUUUUCCCACAUAAACUUGAGCAAAAGGACACAAUACUUUCAUAAUUCAAAAACCAGUUGGGCAAAAUGUUGUCGCACUGAUCUUCCUGGAAUUGUCAAGCUUAUCCAGCUGAUAUUUGCUAGGAUAUCGAGCUUUAGUUUCAACACUAUGACUGUCUGCUUUUCGUGAUCAUAAAUAUUUUCAAAUUCUUCAACUUGUCAUUUUUUGAAAGAGCAGGGAAAAGCGGACAUUUUUUCAGGCGACUGAUCAUCUGUGUGCAGUAACAGGUGGGAGAUGGGCAGGACUGGUUUUCCCCAUGUGCCAAAAGAACAUGGGGAAAACCUUGUUCCCCAUGAUCAGAAUCCUGAUCAUUCUGGAAGUUUUACAUCAAAGGACCAUUAAACUGCAGGAAUGGUAACAUCAAUUUUAGCUGAUUUCAAAACAUCUGUCUUUAGAAACAUAAAUAUACCAUGUCACCAGUGACCAGCCCACAUAAACAUGUAUAAAUGUCUUGUUUCUAUGCACGUUGAUGUUCUAUGGAGGAUCAUGGCAACAAUCAUCCACAGAAACCAGCACCAGGGACGAAAAAAUAAUUUUUCUCUUUCUGAAAGCAAUUUUUUAUCAGACUUGAUUCUUUCAUUUGUAUCUGGCCUUCUUGAAAAUAUUUAAAAUCUAGCAAACUAUUGUAACUAUUUUUGUUCAAACUGUUUGCAAAAUAAAAAUGCAAUUUUCACACUACAUUUUUUUAAUUACAAUGGUAAAAAUGUUUUGUUUUUUGUUUUUUUGUCUUCAACAGCAAUGUUCAGUUUUCUAUGUCCCCUCAUGUUCUUGAAGUCUGUCAAAUAGUUCAUCUGGCAAUUUUUAGUUAAACUAUUUGUAAGUAUGUGCAGGUCGUAUCUGUCCCAGCAAACUUUGCACUGUAAUCCUGUGCUAUUACUGUUUCAUUUUUCUACUGAAUGUUUUUUAAAAAAAAACAUGUAAAACCUUUAGGACUGUAACAUUCUGAAGACGAUAAGAUAAAAUUGCAAAGCUCUGGUGUUAUUUUGCAUCACAUCUUUAAAAAAAUAAACUUGUGUUGUUUUAAAGUUGAACUAUGACUGUAUCUGCAGCUGGAUUUGUCAACUCUGAGAAACCAGGCUGAAUUUAUAACCCAUCCAAACACUUAAUAAAGAACCAUUGACGGUA